GGCUGGCCCUGCCGGCGCGCGAGGCCUCGGCGCGCCGCCUCGACGCGCGGCUCGUGGAGCCGCUCGCGGGCGCGGGGGAGGCCGCGCUGCGGCGGGGCCUCUCCGGGGGCAGGCUCUUCUGGCAGCGCGGCGCCGCGGCUCCGAGGGCGCCUCCCUUCCGGGUGGAGGAGUCGCGCCUGCGCGGGCGCCCGCCGAACGUGAGCGUCGCCGCGCGGGUGCGCGGCGGCCUGGGCUCCGGAGAGCUGGCGCGCCUGCACACGGACGGCGCGGUGUUGCUGGAGGACGUGGUGCCGCCCCGCCUGUGCGCCGCGCUGCUGGAGUUUGCCACCAGCGCGGCCGCCUUCGUGGACACGCAGCACCUGGACGGCGAGGCCGGGCGGUGCGGCCGCUACGAGUUCUGCCGGCGCAGCCCGGCUCUGGUGGCCGAGCUCCGCGGCGCGCUCUACGCGCGCCUCCUCGAGCUCUCCCCGCCGCUGGGCCGCCGCUACCCGCCCAGCCCGGGGAGGAGCUCUGGCUCAGCGUGUCGUGCCGCUGGUUCUGGCCCGCCUCGCUUCGGCGCGGCACGCUGACCACGUCCUGGUGUCCAGUCGGGCCUGCCCCUCUACAGGAGGA